AUGUCCUUCAUAAGGGCAUGCUUCCCUGUCUCUGGAAAGAAGCGGUUGCACAGAGAACUCAUCGGUGCCAUCGUUAAGAUGAGCAUUGUGGUGUUGGACGGCUCUACUAUCCGGUCGUUCGUGAAGGAUGAGGAGGCCUUUCACCGGUCCAUCGACGACUGGUUCCAGCGCCUCGACACCAACAGGGACGGCCUCCUCUUCUACCCGGAGUUCGUCCAGCUGCUGCAGAUGAUAAGCUGGGUCGUCGAGCCGUCUGGCUGCAACGAGGGAGGAGAGGGGGAAGGAGGUGGCAGCGGCCUUUACGAUUCCGUGUUUCGGGCGUUCGACCACGACCGCAGCGGCGCCAUCGACCUGGGGGAGUUCAGAACGGAGAUGAAGAAGGUGAUGCUGGGGAUGGCUGAGGGGCUGGGGUCGUUGCCCGUCCAGAUGCUGCUGGAAGACGACGACAGCCUCCUGAAGCAGGCCGCCGAUCUCGAGUCCUCCUCCGAAUGA